AUGUUGACCGGGGGCUUCUCUGCAUCGGGCGCCGCGGCUGCGCAGCCGCUAGCGGCCACUGCUGUGGAGGGCGACCUGGAGGGCGUGCUGCGCGGCAUCGACGCUGCCGUGAGCGCGGAGAACGCGGGGCCCAAGGACGUGGCGGAUGCGGCGCUCAGCCUCGCGCUGCUGCAGGCACGGGGAGACAGGAGGCUGUGGGGCAAGAUCUUUGAGAAGGCGGGCGCCCUGAAGGGCGGCUUUGAUGCCGCCUCCCUCACGGCCUUCCUUUGGGCCGCCACCACUGCCAACGUGGGCCACUUCAAGACCGCGUUCGACCUCGCGGCGCCCGCCACCAAGCUGCUCGGCAGCUUCACGCCGGCCCAGCUGGCGACCGUGGUGGAGGCCCUGGGCAAGGCCGGCGUGAACGACCCCGACUUUUUCAAGGGCGUGUCUGACCGCCUGACCAAGGGCGCCGCCGACUUCUCGGCUUCCGAGCUGGCCAAGCUGCUGUGGGGUGGCGCCGCGGCCGGCGCUGCGGACAGCACAUAUGCGAAGGCUGCUGCGGGCGCCCUGGUGUCGAAGAUUGGCGGCGCGUCGGCCAAGGACGCCGCGCAGGCUGCGUGGGCGCUGGCCAAGCUUGGCAGGGUGGACAAGCCGGUCCUCGACGCCCUGGGCAAGGCGCUCGGCGCCAAGCUCGGCGCCGGCGACGCCCCCGCAGACGCGGCCGCGGCCGUGUGGGCGUUUGCCACCCUCAACUACAAGCUCGAUGCGCAGGCCCUGACCAAGGCCACCGCCGCCAUCAAGGCGGGCGCAGCGGAGCUGUCCACGGAGCAGGCGAUCCACGCCGCCUGGGGCCUGGCGCUGCUCGGCUCGGCUGACAAGGACGCGCUCUCGGCGCUGCUCACCGCCGCCGGUGGCGCCAUCGCGGCCGCCCCCGACAGCGUGUCCGUCCAGGCCGCCGCGGCCCUGUGUGAGGCGCAGACCCUGAUCCUGGACCGCCUGGGUGCGCAGGGCCCCAAGGUGUCAGACCAGGUCUACGCCUACACCCAGGGCCUGUACACCCUGGUGGCGGACGCCGCUAAGGCCCGCAGGCCCGCCGCUGCGGCCGCCUUCCGCGCCGCCGUCGCCACCGCCGCCGCGCGCGCGGGCGGCGCCAGGUACAAGCCGGAGAUCGCGGCCGCGGUGGCGGCGCUGCCCCGUAAGACGCCCGACGGCCUGCCCGUGGAGUUUGGCCUGGACCUGGGGUCAGACCUGAAGGUGGGUGCUGACUUGUGCUGA